UUAGUUUCGUCUUUCAAACGGUGCAGAUCAUCAUAACCCUCGCUCUGGUCGAUUGAUUUUUUUUGUAUGGGGUGAAAACAGAGAGAUUUAUAUUUCCUAUUGGUAUCGGUGUGCUCUCGUGCGAUUUGGAAGUGAGCGGAUAGUGAUCAUUGCUAAUGAGCAUACAUACAAACAGGCGUGAGAAGAAAGGGCACUUCGCGGUGUAGUAGAAAUUGUGCGCCAACUGUGGAACAGGACUAGAAACCAUUACCGUAAUCAUACAUGCACGUUGGUAUUGGAGUGAUUUGGAAAAUUUAUGACUGAGCGACAUUGGACAGACAGUUUAUGUGUGCGUAGCAAGAAAUCAUUGAUAAAAUAUUAUAUGCGGACAAACAGUGAGAUACGCGAAAGCAGCGACCGUGGUGAGUCAUCAAGUAUUUUUAAACACGGAAGUGGUUCGAGUUUCGGUGACCCUACAGCAUUCAAUUCAGUCGUCGAUACGUUGAGUACAAGCAAGAUUAAUACAAUGGCUGAGGCUCAACGAUUGAUUGGUAUUUCUUUAGCCAAAAUAGCACAAUCUAGAGUCUGCCGUGGAGGAGUUUCAUUGCAUAAAAACUUGCUGGUCGCUACUGUCCUACAGAAAGCGCGCUACAUUUUUAUGGAGGAAGCGUAUCAUAUAGUACAUGGUCAUUAUCUCCAACAAAACAAGUGUAUGGAAUUUGAGAUGGAAAAGCAACGAAAUGCUGCGGCAAUAGCAGCUUCAGUGAACAAUGUUGGUGAUGACGACAGUUGUAGUGAAAGUGAGGAUAGCGAUGAGUUGGAAUCGUAUGCGUCAAGUGAAAAUAACGACGAAAGCGACAACGAUGACAAGGAAAACAGUCCACCUUCGCAAACCACCGACGAACAAUCUUCUUCAGUGUUGUACUUUGAUAUGGACGUGAAAAAAGUGGAAACGACCAAUGUGGAUAGUAACAACAAACGAAGGCGAGACGUUUCUGAAUGGGAAACGGAUGAAGCAGUUCAAUCCAUUUUACCAAAACGUAUAAAAUCCGAGUCGGAUAGUGUAGCUGCUGAUACGGGUUCUGAGGCUUCUAUCAAGGACAUAGUAUCAAGUGAUGAAGUUUUUGCCCUACCAGAAUCUGCUAACAGUCAAACCGUUGCAGAGGAUCUAUCCACUCAAUCGGGGAAUUCUGCAUUACAACAUACACCAUCUGUCGAGAGUAUUGACCGAAUAACUUCGCUGGUUUCAAUUUUCAGCUUUGGAAACCUAACCCGGUCGGUCUCCACACCAGACUUCUGUGCAACACAAGCAAAAGAUUCCGAGAACUCACUAACUCAGUUACAGCAUUCGCAGCGAGGUUAUCUAACUAUGACUGUGUAACUACUUUGGCUACAACGAGCAUUACAUUACAACGCCAAGUAUUAGCAAUUACAAACUCAUACUCCUGUGAUCCGCACACAUUGUGAUAUGUAACGCAGUUGCCCUGGCAGGUGCUGUAGUUAACCGUGCGAUCCAGGAGAACAUGCUACGAGGAAGGUGCUGAACUAGGUAACUCGUGAUCUCACGUGGCAGGUGCCAAUUGAAUACGACUUACAGUAUAGCGUUAUGCGCCCGAACUGGUGUUAACCGGGUCAUCGAUGAAUCAGUAACGUCAUGGUCAUCUUGUUCGUAUUUCCUGCUGCAACCUAGUCGUCAUUGAAAUCAUCACAUCAAUGUUUCUGUGCUAAAGCAAAGCAAAUAAUAUAAUUUCAACCCUGGACUUUGUCUACAUGCAUGUUGCGAUGAUUAAUAGCUUACAGGGUCAUUGCAGAAAAGACGGUGUGUAACAUCACAUGUUCCUUCGUUUCACGUCUAGAAGAAUAUCGAAGAAAUCACUCGUUAGGAGAAUUGAUCUUUUUAGAAAAUAGAUUUCAAUACAACAAAUGCAAUCUCGUUUGACGUGGAGUGAUAUAAAUUCAGACUCAAACACACCGCUACUAGUUUAGUGUUUUCAUUCAGUACUGGUGGGGGUUUCCAGAAGAGAAGUUAGAGACAGAGAGAGUAUGUGAAAGAUGUAGGCGGUGGUUUGCACCGAUUUUUUUCUUUAUAUGAAAGACAAUACUAAGCAAAAGCGCUAAGUAGCUUAGCUUAGUGAAAAGGUUAACUUCACAACAUUUUGACGAAUUUUCUUACUAUUCAUUCAAUUGCUUGCACCUUUAGCAAAAAAUAUAACAUCAUAAUUAGAAUCACUUGACGGAAAAAGUAGUUUUUUUUAAAUACUGGUGCGCACAAAAGUAGGACAAAUAUUUAUAUGUGAGGAAUGAAACGAAGAAAAAAGGAAAACAACGGCUAACAAAAAAAAAUAACUGUACGUCAACUUCUGUUAGCCGCACAAAAGCGAGACUUAUACAUUGAGCUUCUCUAUGAGUUUAUCGGAUUAAAAAAUUUUCUUUAAUCAACUAUCCAAAUCCAAAGUGCGCGACGUUUGAUGAUUGGAGUGGAUGGGAAGAUUGUUUUUCAUUUAUCACUGUUGUUGGCUUCAUGUCUACAUCAUUUUCGGGUCGAAUGUUUAAUUCUAAUGACUCGGUUUUGUUAGAUAAACAUUGAAUAUACUUUAAGAAUUGUAGUGAAACUGCAACAUUAUGCUGCACAAGGUGUCCCACUUCAUAUCUACGAUGUAAGCAGUGUGCAAUAUUCUUCACGUAACUUUCUUUCUCUCUCUCUCUCAACCAAUUCAUAGCCACUCC